AGGGGGUUAACACUGAGCCAUGAGGGGUUAACACUGAGCCUUGAUGGGUUAACACUGAGCCAUGAGGGGUUAACACUGAGCCAUGAUGGGUUAACACUGAGCCAUGAGGGGUUUACACUGAGCCAUGAGGGGUUAACACUGAGCUAUGAGGAGUUAACACUGAGCCAUGAGGGGUUAACACUGAGCCAUGAGGGGUUAACACUGAGCCAUGAUGGGUUAACACUAGGCCAUGAAGGGUUAACACUGAGCCAUGAUGGGUUAACACUGAGCCAUGAGAGGUUAACACUGAGCCUAUGAUGGGUUAACACUGAGCCAUGAGGGGUUAACACUGAGCCAUGAUGGGUUAACACUGAGCUAUGAGGGGCUAACACUGAGCCAUGAGGGGUUAACAUUGAGCCAUUAGGAGUUAACACUGAGCUAUGAUGGGUUAACACUGAGCUAUGAGGAGUUAACACUGAGCCAUGAGGGGUUAACACUGAGCCAUGAGGGGUUAACACUGAGCCAUGAUGGGUUAACACUGAGCCAUGAUGGGUUAACACUGAGCCAUGAGGGGUUAACACUGAGCCAUGAUGGGUUAACACUGAGCCAUGAGGGGUUAACACUGAGCCAUGAGGGGUUAACACUGAGCCAUGAUGGGUUAACACUGAGCCAUGAGGGGUUAUCACUGAGCCAUGAUGGGUUAACACUGAGCCAUGAGGGGUUAACACUGAGCUAUGAGGCCAGUCUGGGUUAUUGCCGGAUAACGCUCCCUCGGUUCUGA